UCUAUCAGUGUGCGUGUGUUGACAGUGUCCUGAAAACUAGUCUCCCUGUAAACCACAAAUUUAUGUUAGGUCUUUGCAUUUAUCUGUUUCUUGAAUGCUUAAUAUUUUAGUAGACUUCGUAAGUGAUCAUGACUGCUCGAGGCACACCUAGUCGCUUCUUACAAAGCGUUCUGCAGAACGGAGUGGGUCGAUACGUGUGUCAGCUGAAACGUGUGUCUCUUAUUUUCUCCAAAAACGGACAGAGCUCCUUAGGGGUCAGGGACUUCAUUGAGGAUGGUGCUGUUGCUUUUGCCAAAAAGAAUCCAGGAACUGUUGUUUACGUAUCGCCCCAGUCAUGCAGAAUUCCCAAAAUAGUUGCUGAAUAUCUUAAUGGUAAUGUGAAGGAAGAGCUUGUCACCAAUAAAACAUCACAACAGAUUGCAGAGCUGAUCACGAAAAUGGCCAAUCAGUCUGGCCUGGAUAUCAUCCGCAUCCGAAAGCCUUUCCACACAGACAGCCCGAGCAUCCAAGGCCAGUGGCAUCCGUUCACCAACCGGCCGCCCAGCACAAAACCAGUUGGUCCACAGGCCAAAUAAUUUAUUUAAAAAUUUAUUUCUACACUGACUGUUUUGACAUCUUACAAAUUACCAAGUGAAUGUAACACCUAAGAAUGAUGUCGAUUUUUUUGUGACAGAAGCUUUGGUUUCAUAAAAUUAGUUGGAAAAAACUCUAUUCGAUAUUGAUUGUUUAUUAAGUACUGAAUGUAGACUAAUUACAUUUACUGCAUUUGGCAGAUACCCUUAUCCAGGGCGACUUACAUUUUCAUUACAUUUGAGCAGUUGAGGGUUAAGGGCCGUGCUCAAGGGCCCAACAGUGGCAACUUGGUGGCCGUACAGUUUGAACCUGGGACCUUCUAAACUAUAGUCCAA